AGUAAGUACAGAAAUUUAGAAAAUGGAAGUCAAACCGUUGAAACGUAUGCGCUCCGAAGACGAAGAGUGCAACAAUAAUGUUACACAGACAAAAGUUUGGGUCAACGAGAAGAUUCUUGAAUCUCGUGAUCCCGACAAAAUGAAAGCUGUGCAUGAAAAAACAACAAAAAUGCUAUUCCAAGCGGCGGCCGAUUUGAAAGCAACAAAAGCUGGAACAACAAAUGGCAUCCAAAACACGCCAUCUGAGCGCCGUCAACUGCAGCCCUAUGAACAAUAUCAAUUAAUUGGCGAUGGCAAUCUCAUAUUGCGCGACUUGAAUCCGGAUGCCGUAAAUCCCGAGCUGGUGCGUCACAUGUCCAAGUGUUGCCGUCGUCCAACGUUCAUACGCGCCGCAUGCGCAAAUUGCACAUUUGAUUUGUGUGAAGAGUGCGGCUAUUCAUGCGUUGAGUGCCAGAAGUUUAUUUGCCGCACGUGUGUAACCUUGUUUGGCAAUCGUCCUGAGGAAGCUGAACGUCCGUUGUGUGAGAGAUGCCAAAUGUUCUUUUGAAAGCUGAAAGCUGUCAACUCAUGAACGCACACACAAACACACAGAGAAAGACUAGAAGAGCACGCAUCACACACACACACAUACACCACCAAACGAGUACAAAAGCAAAUUGCAAGUAAAUGAUGCGUGUGUUUUGUUUCAUGGAAAUAGUCUUAGUAUUAAACACGCACACACACAUCGAGCCAUGGCGAAACACACACACAAACACAUCACAUGUAAGAAUACAUAAAUACACAUGUCAAAAUUGGAAGUUAACACAAAAAGAAAGGCAAUGAAAAAGAAAAUACCAAAAACGUAACGCUUUACAAGGAUUUUGCGACUGCGUUGACGCAGUACACACAAAGUGAUGUAAUCAUACAUUUGAUGUAAAUAAUAUAAUUAAAAACUAAUCGAAAAAUUUAAAGUCAAAA